CUCAUCUACAUCUGUAGGCAGACAGAACAACCGACGCACCAAUGAUCGUCGCCCGAGCCAUCUUCACGCGUGCCUUGCGCCCGUCUGCGCCAACGAAACGAGCCAUGCGGACACUGGCGAGACCGCGUCUGCUUGCCGCCACCAACACGCGCUGUGCUUCCCACGCGCCAGCCCACGUGCUGCGAUGGGCCUCGUCCAAGUCAAAGGCCGACGAGCGCAUCGAAGAUAUUGUCGAACUGUAUGCCACUGCACAAGACGAGUUUGACAUUGCCAGGGAAGAGACGGAAAAGGCCAGCAUCUACGCCGAGGAGGACAGAAAAGCUGCCAGGGAGGAGUUGACCAAAGUCCAGGAGGCGUACAAUGCGGUGAUUAACGGCGAAGAUCAGGAGCUGGCUGCUGAGGUAAAGAGCCGGAUUGGCCAGAAGAUGCGGGAAUUGGAGCAGAAUGUUGCGAAUAUGGAGGAGUUGGCUCUCAACCAGGACUGAGUAUUGACAAGGUAGCUAUUGCUGCCAUUUUGAAGGGAGCAGCUUUCUGGCCUGACAGAGGCAAUUGUGCUGAGUAGAGACGGUACGGUCGAGAGUGCCUCCCUAUGCAUCAAAUUAUGGCACGCCAAGAGGAGUGCAGUACCAACUUACCAAGAGAACACCUCUGAUAAGCCAAAGUGGAUGUCAACGUGGUCAGCAGUCAUUUUGCGACCCACCGAAAUAUCACGCUCCUGGCAGCACUUAGCUGGCCCAACCGCGACAAAGUCUGGUACAACAUGUGGAACCUCAAAGUCUCAACUCUAUAUAUUCGCUGGUCACCAGGUACAGAAGUCCAAUUCAUUCCAUCAUCCACAACCUGCUAUAACAUGGCAUCUCUUCGCAUCAAUAUCCCGUCGUGCGGGAGUAGCUUAUCAAAUCGUCAGUCGGCGCCUCCAUCCGGAAAGACGACUGCCGCUGGCCCACCAGUUCCCACGCGCGCUAGCAGCUUGCCCCUACAAAGGGACAACCGUCCGCUAGUGUUGAUGGACAGCUCGAUGCCCGGACAGCCCUGGAGCGAAGAUUGUUCUUCUUCGAUAUAUUCUCGUGACGUCGAUAACGAAAAGCCGAUGUCCCCUUCGUGUCCAAGCGGCAGCGUGGAUUCAGACAUCGCCUACCGCCAGAAAUCAAGACAAUAUUCAAUAUCAGGGCUGCCUGUUGACGACUGCUCCUCUUCAGUAUACUCUCGCGAUGUCGACGAUGAGAAGCCCGUAAUUCUCCUACAUCGGCAUUGCCAUGACUCACCCUAUCCACAAUCGCGUCCUGAGUCUACUACGAAUAUGGCACCGGGACUCGCAUGGCCAGGAGCUGCAGGUUCCAACGGCCUCAGAACUAUGUACAAGGUCAUUACCAGCAAAACGAGUAAAAAUACAGUCAAAGAAGAACUUGCAGGACGUGCAGAUCGCACGAUUCACCACGGGAAGCCUGGGUAUGCCCAAGCGAAGCGUCUCUUGAUGGGAAGGCGGCUGCCUGUACGAUCCUAGCAGCUCUAGACGAUUGUCAGGUGGAAUGAUAUUUAGCGUUGCGUUGAUCCAUGGUGAAGGGAAGCAAAGAUUUCGAAGUCGAGGUGGCGUGAGGAAGUCCACAAUAUCAAGUCGAAGUUCGGACUCGACGUGAAUUCAGAAGGGCGAUGCAGCGGCUGAUGGUGAGGUGAGGGACGGUCCUACGAGAUGGGCGGGGACGGAGCAUACUUCAAGGAGAACUGGAACGGCUGUUUAGAG